AUGUCUUCGUACAAAGCAAAAUCGAAAGUCUUAGAUGACAGUGAGGAUGACGAUCCUUCUAAUGAGUCAUUCGUUGCUUAUGGAACUGAACUUCCUGAUGUGACCACUUUGGGUGAAAAAGAUAAAGGAAAAUUUCAACCUGUUUGGAAACAAGAAGUUCGCGAUGAACAAGGAUUGCGACGUUUUCAUGGCGCUUUUAAAGGAGGUUGGUCUGCUGGAUAUUUCAAUACUGUUGGAUCUAAAGAAGGUUGGACUCCUUCUUCUUUUGUGUCUUCUCGCAAAAAUAGAUCAGAACGACAGGUUUUCAAACCCGAAGAUUUUAUGGACGAAGAAGACUUGGAG